AGGCCGUUGUGAUCAACGCUCCUUUAUCACGAGAAAGCGGGGAGAACCACGUCGUCUUCGUCAUCAAUGCCGCCAUCAUCAUCAUCUUCUUCGCGUCCGUUUCCUCCCUUAUCCUUACCCUUUUGCCUGCUUAUAUGUUGCUGUAUUUGAUUCCAAUAUCGCCGGCCUCCUCAUUCACCAUCAUCAGGGAAGAAACCCGGCCAAAAUCUGCUCUGCCUUUCAUUGCUGAUUAUCCGAGGAAUUCGCGCCAAAUCCGUGCCGAUCAUCUUCAUCUGCGAGGCGCUGCUGCGUUUUCGAUUCGCGGAGGUCGCCGCCGCGCUGCUGGAGGAGGAGGAGGGGGAGAAUCAUGGAUAAUAAGAAGAAGUAUCCGAUUGGAGCGGAGCAUUACGAGCUGUAUGAGGAAAUAGGGCAAGGAGUUAGCGCCUCCGUCCAUCGCGCUCUCUGUAUCCCGCUCGAUGAGAUCGUGGCCGUCAAAAUCCUUGACUUCGAACGUGAUAACUGCGAUCUGAGUAAUGUCUUCCGAGAAGCACAGACAAUGGUCUUAGUGGACCAUCCAAAUGUUCUUAAAUCCCACUGCUCCUUUGUCAGUGAUCAUAAUUUGUGGGUUGUCAUGCCUUUCAUGGCUGGGGGCUCUUGUCUUCACAUCUUGAAGGCUGUACAUCCGGAUGGUUUCGAAGAGGUUGUCAUUGCAACAAUAUUGCGUGAAAUUCUGAAGGGUUUGGAGUAUCUGCAUCACCAUGGCCACAUUCAUAGAGAUGUGAAGGCUGGAAACAUUCUUAUUGAUGCACGGGGUGGAAUUAAGCUUGGAGAUUUUGGUGUUUCUGCUUGUUUGUUUGAUUCAGGUGACAGAACACGCAUGAGAAACACAUUUGUUGGCACACCUUGCUGGAUGGCACCAGAAGUUAUGGAACAGCUGAAUGGGUAUGAUUUCAAAGCAGAUAUAUGGUCUUUUGGUAUAACUGCUUUGGAGCUUGCCCAUGGCCAUGCACCUUUCUCAAAGUAUCCUCCAAUGAAGGUUCUGUUGAUGACACUACAAAAUGCACCUCCUGGCCUUGAUUAUGAAAGAGACAAAAAGUUCUCCAAGUCAUUUAAGCAAAUGAUUGGUAGUUGCUUGGUAAAAGAGCCUUCAAAAAGACCCUCAGCCAAGAGGUUAUUGAAACAUUCUUUCUUUAAACAAGCUCGGUCAAAUGAUUAUAUAGCUCGGACAUUAUUGGAGGGCUUGCCUGCUAUUGGUGAUCGUAUUAGGGAUUUGAAGAAAAAAGAAGAACAAAUGUUGGCAAAAAAGGAAAUGCCAGAUGGUCAAAAAGAAGAGAUAUCCCAGAAUGAGUAUAAGCGCGGGAUAAGCAGCUGGAACUUCAACCUUGAAGAUCUUAAGGCCCAGGCUUCUUUGAUACCAGAUGAAGAAAUUAUGUGUGAGAAGGAUCAAGUUGGGAGCUCACAAUGUCUUGUAGGACUGGACACUAACGGAAGGCAACUUCAGCACCAGUCUUCUUUUUUGAGUCGAUGUUCAGACACUGCAGAAAAUGAUGAUAACUAUGCAUCUGCUCCGCUCUCACCUGCUGAUCCCACAUUAGCUUGUAACAUAGCUAAAUGCGAAAAAUCAGACGGUGAUUCAAGUCUUGCCACUUCAGUCCAGGACAACCAAGUCUCAAGAAGCUCUUCUCCUCCUCAACAUGAGAAUCACAUAGAAAGAAAUUUACCUGGCAAAUCUGAACCUGAGGUUGAUGGAAAAUUGUCCGGGAGCUCACCUACGGAUUCACACCAGAGCGAUAAAAUUUCUCCUCAUAACAACUCAACUUGCAAUGAUGCACCAGCUGAAGCCGUUAAUCGAACUUGUAGAAUAUCUACAAAUGGUGAUGAUUAUGAUGAGAAGACAAAGUGCCCUGUUGUUCAGCAAAAAGGACGUUUCAAAGUAACCUCUGAGAAUGUUGAUUUAGAAAAGGUUCCUUCUUCUUCUUCAAUACUACAAAAAAGCCACAGUGUGCAGGCUCUUACUCAGCAUUCAUCUGUGUCUCAAUCAUUGCCAUCAGACUCCAUUGCUGUAAAUAUUCUUCCAGUCAAUUCGUUGUUCAGGACGUUGCAAAACAUAUUGCAGGCAAAUGUUAUUCAAAGGGAAAGUAUCCUUAGCUUGAUGAGGCAAGCCUCUGGUUCUGACUCUACUGUUGACAGUGCAGGCCUUUCUUUAAACCAAGAAACCCCAGAGAAAUCACUGCUGGAAGUAGCCCAUGACAAAGAGAAGGAAUUACUUCGUGAAAUCAGUGAUUUACAAUGGAGGCUCAUAUGCGCCCAAGAGGAGCUUCAAAGAUACAAAACAGAAAAUGCUCAGAUUAACUCUUGAUUUAGAUGGAAAACAGCUUUGGCUAUAAUAUAUAUGAAUGUAUUUUAAAGAGAUCAUAUAGAUGACGAUUAUAGUUAUUUAGUUCAAUUACCUUCCAACUCUUUGGUCGGUUCUGAGAACUCUAAGAAAUUCUUUUUAUAGAA